AUCGGUUCCCGUUCCCUUCCCUUUCCUUCCCCGAUGCCUUUCGAUUUCGAUUUCGAUCUCGAAAUCUAGGGUUAGGGUUACGAUGUCUCGUUCUGGCUGAUUAGAUCGUACGCCUCCUUGGCUUCGACUGCGGGACGAUCUACGCUUGUGUGUGGUAGAGGAUUUUAGGGGUUUCUUGAUUUGUGGCCGGAGAAUCGAUGAACGAUCCGUCGCAGUUGAUGAACCGGAGCUUCGGGAUCUGGCCGCCGCCGGUGGCGGAGGAGUCCAUGGGGUUUCCGAACCCCGUUCCGCCGCCUCCGCCCUUUGCUGCCCCUGGCGGGGUCAAACCGGGUCGGACGAACUGGAAGGCUAAGAAGGCCGCCGACAUGCGGAAGAAGGCGGCGACAAUCUCUGGUGGAGUAGGAGCGGGUGUCCCCCUUGGCGGCGGUGGCGGAGCCGGCGCUGGCGUCUCCGGCUACAGGCCUCCGACUCUCCACGAGCUACAGUUCCAGAACCGCGUCAAGGCUCGCAGGUUCUACCCCAAGAAGAAGUUUCCGCGCUCCGCCCCCUUCGCCCCCCGAAACACGACCUCCUUCAUCAUCCGCGCCAAGAAGUCUGGCGGGAUUGCGUCGCUGGUGUCGCCGUGCCCCGUUACGCCGGCGGUCCUCCCGACCCCCAGGUUCUCCCCGACCCGCGAGGACCUCGCCGACAUGGUUAAGGAGGAGUGGGGCGUCGACGGCUACGGCUCGAUGAAGGGCCUGAUCCGCCUCCGAUCGCCGAGCGGCCACGAGAUCCGGCCCGCCGCCGCCACCGGCGGUGGCGAGGAUGACGUCGAGGACGAAGAGGGGUCGAGCGAGAGCGACGUGGAGGAGCACCUGGAGGUGGAGCGGCGGCUGGACCACGACGUGAGCCGGUUCGAGAUGUUGUAUCCAGGGGAGGAGCACGGCCUGGAGUCCGCGGCGGACCUGCUUGAGAGCAGGGUCGACGACCAGGACGCGCACAUCGCGAGGCUGGAGGAGGAGAACUUGACGCUAAAGGAGCGUAUUUUCCUGAUGGAGAGGGAGAUGGGGGACUUCCGGAGGCGGCUGCAGUUGCUUGAGACUCGGUGCCCCGCGAGGGAGGAUAACGAUCACAAUAACGACGGCAGCAACAAGAACAACAAUGGGGAGGCAGCCCCAGAGAACGAAGAUGAUGCGGAGGAGUGCUCGGGCGAGAGCAGCGGCAACCCGAUGCUGGAGUGACCCGAGAAGCAGCAGAAGGCGAAGGAGAUCAGAUUACACUGCCGCUGCUGUGCUAUGGUCAAAUCUAUGGUGAUAUCGGGUAAUGGUCGAGGAAGGGUUGGGUUUAGAUGAUGGAAUGGAGGCACUCUUCGGAACGAGUCAACCGAGUCGAGCCGAACUCAAGAGUUCGAUGAAGCUUAUUUGAAAAGUCAACCGAGUCGAGCCGAACUCUAGGCUUCGAUGAAGCUUAUUUGAAUCAGCCAACGGGUGGGCCACAAGGCCCUUAAGCCCAGCCAUGUCAGUCACAUUGUUGGGCCCAAUUGGCUGGGCCUGGGCCUGGGCCCAUUGUGCGUGUGGGUGUCACAGAUGGGGCCUCUCUUUGCCACGUGGGCCCUUCCGGCAUGUUGUUCCUUUUUUUAAGUAAUAAUACUGUUUAAUAGGUUUCAAAAUGGGACACAUUAUACUGAA